AUGCUAGAUUCUCAAGCUGCGUUCCGUGCGCGAGCCAAAGAGAUUGGCUUGAAUGAUGGGGAAAUUGCAGUGUUGACGUCAGAGUCUCAUGACACGUUCGGCACCUUCGCCUUCGCCUGCAACUACGUCCCCGGGCAGGCUGAUGAAGGGCCACUCUUGGCGUUGGCAGCCAAAAUGACGGCUACCGACCCAGCCCCGCCAGCACGCAUUCCCUUCAUUAGGCGCCUGGUCUUUGAGGCCUACACCCUAGCAGCGUCAGACCUCAAAUCACGCGUUGAGAGGCGUGACGACGAUGCCCCUCGCAAACUUGCUGUAGCAGAAAGGGCAGCCAGGCACACGGAGCAAGCCAAUCGACUGCGAGGCCUCACGCUUCGCGGGGAGCUGGAGCCAUCGAAUGCCCUGAUCGAUUUGGUCACCCAGCAGGUGGAGGACAACCAGCUGAGGUACGUCAGAUGGGAGCAAUGCACUAAACGAGAUCAAGAACUCAUGGGAAUAAAGUCGGAUCCUGUGUGGAAGCCUGACUCAACUGGGGUCAUCAAGGAAGUUAAGCUGCCGUCGGACCUCAAGGCAGACUUAACGUCAGAUCUCAUGCUCAGGUUGGCGCUUCAGAGACGCUCCCUGGCGUAUGACCAAACCCGCAUCAUCGACUAUGACGUGAUGGAAGAGUGGUCUCAAAUUCUUUUGGAGGCCUACGUGAAGCCGGCUCCGGAUGGGUACUCUAAGGUCAGCAUCGAGCAAGUCCACAAGGCCGACCUGGAGAUGUUCAAGCACAUGAUGCGAGCCACUCGCACGGGUGUCAAAAUCAGGAGCGAUGGCACAAAGCCAUUGGAGGAGGCAUUCCGUGAGGCUAAGGUUGCCCCAGACGUCCGACUGAGCUUACAGCCUUUGCCGGAAACUACGGGAACGAAGCGGAAGGCAGAUGACUGCCAGGAGUCAAAACAGAGGCCCAAGGGACACGCGGACGUUGAGAAGUACCAGCGACAGAUCCGAAACUUACAGGGUCAGGUGAAGAACCUCCAAGCCAAAUCGAAGGGCAAGGGCAAGUCCGCUUCGGCGCGUGCUGACCGAGUCAUCAAAAUGCCUCGGAAGCUCAUCGGGCAGUCUCCGGUCAACGAGGACGGCGAUAACGUGUGCUUUGACUUCAACCUCGACGGAUGCGACAAGGCCAACCCAGGCGAAAGAUGCCCGAAGGGCUGGCAUGAAGGGGGCGCCAGCCUCCGUGAUGCGUCACUCUUGCCCGGAGAAUCACCGGGUACGGAGGAGAAGUGUUUCAACGCUCUUGAGCCGAUGCCUAUGCCAGCCUAUGUGGAGGGAUCUGCUGUUUCAGGACUGUGCUGCCUGCAACUGUGCGCAGGACGGCCCGACCUUGAACCUGGCAGCUCUAGAAGGGUAGAGGCUGCGAACCGUAUCUUCAAACAUGUUUGCAAGUUCUUGACGCUUUGUUGCCAGCUGCGGAUUGCCGUGACUCUCGAGAACCCCUCCAGGUCCUUCCUGUGGCAAGUGCCUUGCGUUCGGACGUUGGCUUCGCGCUUUGCGUUGUUCCCUGUCAAGUUCCAGGAGUGCAUGUGGGGAGGAAAAUCUGACAAGUGGGUGACAUUUCUCACGAAUUGCGUGGAACUCAGUUGCCUGGCCAAAGCCUGCGACGGCAACAAUCAACAUGAGUCAUGGCAACUUGUUAGUCAGGCAAAGCGCGGAUUAGCGUCAGCUUAUCCCAUGCCUCUCUGCUCGGCAAUCGCCAAUGCAGUUUUGAGUGCUGCAAGAGCUGCAGGCGCAGUGUUUGAGGAACCGCCUGAGGGGUCCGCAACAGCCAGCGACGAAGUAUCAUCCGGGCUGCCUCUCCGUGUUGAGGCUCACAGGCAGCCUAGGGGCAACAGGCUUCCUCCUGUUGUUUCUGAAGUUGUUGACUGUCGUUGGGUCUUCUGGGGUCCUACUCGGCCACCUCGAGGUUCUUUCCGGUUGGACGAAGUUACUUGCAAAAGGCUUUCGGUAAAUUUUCCUGCCAAGGUGCUUCAGUGGCGUGAAACUGGGGAGGACUGUUCAGCACCGCCCCACAACUCGGAAUCUCGCCACAUCGGGUCAGAGCCCCCCUCCAAGGUGUUUGAGGUUCUUGUGGGAACUUAUCGCUCAGGCCUGCAAUUCUUGCAUGAAGCGCUGCGUCUGCAGCAUCCGUUUGACUCUGCUGAUUCCCUAAGCGACGACAUCAAGCGGGCGAUCUUCCAGAUGCUUACGCAAGGGCCGUCCGAGAUGCAGCGCUGGCGUGAAGCCACACUUGGGUACUAUAGGGAAAGGGUGGCGCAACUCGAUGCCCAGGAAGCUGAGCUACAUGGCAGGCUUUCAGAAGCCCGCCAAAAGGUCAUUCAGGGCAAGCGCAUCCUCCUUUUCAAUGAGAUGGCGAGGGAUGCAGGGCUUGAAGACCCAGAGUUGUUUCAUUGCCAAGUCGUAGGGUCUAGCCUGGUGGGUGAGGAGCCACCCUGCCCGUUGUUCAGUGAAGGACGUGACUCCGCUGUGAUCUCGGUAGAACAGUUGAUGCUAACGGCGAAGUGGACUCAUUCGUCGGACCAUCUACCGCGGGGAGGGUCUCCUGAGAUGCAAAGGCAGGUUUGGGACGCUUCGCUUUCGGAGGUCGAGGCUGGAUGGCUACAGGGCCCGUUGAGUCAUCAGCAGGUGGCCGACAUGGUUGGUCCACUGUAUGUGGUGAGCCCGAGGUUUGGCCUCCAGCAGUCAGAUAAGCUGAGGCUCAUAGAUGACCUCAGCUGCUCUCACGUGAAUCAGGCCUUCUGUUCGAAUCUCAAGUUGGACCUGGGAGGAAUUGAUGAAGUCGCGGUCGUGGCCAGGACUUUCCUUGAGAUGAUAAGCGAUGACGGGAUGGUGUCGUGCACCCUCUGCGACGGUACCUGCUUGAGAGGCCCGUUGUCCUCAGAGCUUUCCGUUCAGGAUGCCAGGCGCCUCGUAGGCCGCACCCUGGACCUGGAAGCGGCCUACAAGCAAUGCUUGGUCUCCGAGAGCUCCUUGUGGGCGUCUGUGCUGGGCAUUGUGAGCCCAUCGGGUUCCCGAGAGCUUUUUGUCUCGCAUGUGCUUCCUUUUGGUGCUCGCGGGUCGGUCGGAGCAUUCAAUCGUGUGUCCCGAGCAUUGCACCUCAUAGGUUUGCGGCUGUUCGGUUUGGUCUGGUGCAACUACGUGGACGACUUUCCUCAAGUCUCGUUGCAGGCAUUUGGGUCUGCGGAUCUUCACACAGCCGAGUCCUUCUUGGACUUAGUGGGAUGGCGGUUUUCGACCAAAGCAAAGAAACGGUUGCCUUUUUCCGUUCAAUUUGACGCACUAGGUGUGACCUUUGAUUUGUCCUCUGCUGCUGAGGGGAGAGUCUUAGUGCGUAACAAGGAGAGCCGAGUGCAACAGCUCUGCGAGGAAAUUGAUCGUUUGCUGCAAGGAAGUAUGCUUAAUCAGCCUCACGCGGCCUCAAUCAUGGGACGCCUGCAUUUUGCUGAGUCUCAGUUGUUUGCCAAGGCUUCCGUCCAUCGAAUGAGGUUAUGUCACGCACGUGCAGCCGGCAAAGUGUCAACCUUUCAUGUGAACGGUGUUGUGCGCCAGGAGCUGGAGUGGGCCAAAGAGUUUCUUCGAACGUGUCCGCCUAGACAGCUUCGAAUCCGAACUGCUGAGAAUCCUGUUGUGAUUUUCACCGACGCUUCCCUUGAAUGCAAUAGCUCGGUAGGCCAGGUAGGAGGAGUUCUAGUCUUUCGAAACAACGGCUCCCAAGAUCACCCUGUACAUGCGUAUUUCUCAGACCAAGUGCCGCCUGAGGUGCUAAAGGAGAUGCAGCGCCACACAGAUCACGUGAUAGCUGCGCUUGAGAUGUUGGCAGUGCUCAUUGCGGUGCACCUUUGGGGGCCUAUGCUCCUAUCGAAGCGAUGCUUCUUCUUCGUCGAUAACGACUCGGCGAGAGGAGCCCUCAUUGCAUCGUACUCUCCAUCUUUGCAGCUCAACAAGUUGAUGACGGUGUGGACCCAGAUGGUCAUGCAACAUUCGAUCUUUCCAUGGCUGUGCAGAGUGCCGAGUGCCAGUAACAUAGCUGACGCUCCAUCCCGUGGUGAGUGUACAGAGGUAGUACAGUUAGGCGGAGCCCAGCAUCACAUCAGCUGGUGCGUUGUCAAGAAGUGGCUGCAGCAUGUGUAA